CCAUGAUGCACUAAAUCCUCCAUAUUGCUUUUAUGGAAACUGGAAAAGGUGUAAUAUCGAACGUCGAAUCGUUUGUUUAUAUUUUAACUUAAUCUGUAAUCUUUCUAUAGUUACAAAGAAAUGAGUGAUUCUUCUUGAACAACACAAACAAAAUGGAUCCAGAGUAUGAAAAAAGGCUUUUCAGACAGCAAAAUGGUCAGGUGUCGCCAUAUGCUUCCCCUCUUUCAUUGAGUCCGAGCCCAGUUGCAUCUCCUAGCAAAGAUAAAUAUGGAGACAGGUUCAUUCCCAGUAGAGCCGGAGCAAGUUGGCACAUUAAUUUCAAUAUGUCCAAGGAGAGCCCUAUACCCUCACCAACACCUAGUACAAAAUCAAAAGAACAGACGACCAGUGACAACGUUAAGGAUGGACUUGCAUACUCUUGUCUUUUAAGAAAUGAAUUGCUGUCUGCAGGAAUUGAAGAUCUGAAGGAUCAACAACCAGAUGAAAGAAGAAUUCUGGUCCCAAAAGAGAGCAAAAAUUUAUUUCGGUAUCAUGUACCCAGAAGAAGUCUGGACUUCAGUGAUUCAUCACCAUAUUCAUUAUCACCAGUCGGUAGCAAAAGUCAGAAACUUCUGAGAUCGCCACGCAAGGCUGUCAGGAAGAUAUCAAAGAUACCAUUCAAAGUUCUAGAUGCGCCAGAGUUACAGGACGACUUCUACCUAAAUCUUGUCGACUGGUCAUCACAGAAUGUGUUGAGUGUGGGGUUAGGCACUUGUGUGUAUCUAUGGAGUGCAUGUACUAGUCAGGUAACCAGGCUCUGUGAUCUAUGCAAUGAUGGGGACACUGUAACAUCGGUGUCGUGGUCAGAGAGGGGUCAUUUGGUAGCUGUAGGGACACACAAGGGUUAUGUGCAAAUCUGGGAUGUAGCUGCUACAAAGAAACUGAAUACUCUGGAAGGUCAUAGUGCUCGUGUUGGAGCCCUUGCCUGGAACACAGAUGUGCUCUCAUCAGGAAGUAGAGACAGGCUGAUUCUUCAAAGAGACAUACGAACACCUAGCUUAGUACCCGAACGCAAAUUGAGUGGUCAUAGACAGGAAGUUUGUGGACUGAAAUGGUCACCAGAUCACCAACAUUUAGCCUCAGGAGGCAAUGACAAUAAGUUGUAUGUGUGGAACAUGAACAGUACCAGUCCUGUGCAGACCUACAAUGAACAUUUGGCAGCAGUGAAAGCUAUCGCCUGGUCCCCCCACCAACAUGGUCUGUUAGCCAGUGGUGGGGGGACUGCUGACCGCUGUAUUCGCUUCUGGAAUACAUUGACUGGUCAGCCGCUUCAGUGUGUAGAUACAGGAUCACAAGUGUGCAAUCUAGCCUGGUCAAAACAUUCAAAUGAAUUGGUCAGUACACAUGGUUAUUCACAGAAUCAGAUACUUGUUUGGAAGUAUCCAUCGUUAGUUCAGAUAGCCAAACUAACAGGACACACAUACAGAGUACUCUAUCUGGCGAUGUCACCAGAUGGAGAGGCAAUAGUAACAGGUGCUGGGGACGAAACUCUACGCUUCUGGAAUGUUUUCAGCAAAACAAGGUCAACUAAGGAAUCAAAGUCAGUGUUGAAUCUCUUCACACGAAUCCGUUGAAGACUGUACAUGUUUUUCGUGACCACAUGUUGUGUAUAAGGCUCAUCUGACACACUGACAUAGAGUGUCACAUGUUGUGCCAAAGUAUUACAGUGUCAAAAUGUAAACAAAGUCAACCAGGACAGAGCCCACACAAUUUGCACCCAUCAGUACAUCAGACAGAACUUUAUAUACGGAUGUCAUGACACAUAAUCAUUGUCAGAGUAAGGUGUCAGAGUAAGGGAGGCAGGGGAUUAUUAAAAACACUGUUUCAUUGCUGCCAUAUGGCAUUCCAGAGAACUGGUUUUGUCGAUGCCAUACAAGGUUAAUCAUACAGAAAAAAGUUUACUUUUGACAGAAACAGCGUUGGCUAUUUUCUAAUGAAACAUUUUGUUAAUUUGGAUAAGCACAUAUAGAAGAUAUUUGACAAUACAUAUUUGAAUCUCUUGAUAAUGGCAAAGCUGUUGUGGUAUAUUUGUCAAUUUGUAUUGUCAGUGGUAGAGAAUAUUGUAUGCAAAUCAUUCAUAUAAACUCGUUAGAUAGAAUCAAACUUGUUAUUUUACAAAAGUAUUUAAAAGAAUCCAGUUUAAAAAAAUAAUAUUCGUUGCAAAAGAAAUAUGCCAGUUGACAAAUGAAGGUUAAUAAUUUAGAAGUACAUUGUGUGAUAGAAACUUGUAGUGGUAGUGUAGAUGUUCAACAUGCCACCGAUGCCUGUUACCAUCAAAUGUUUUACUGUUCGUUCAACCAUAUGAUGUCUGUGCUGUGUGUCCAUUAUAUGAAAGGGUUUCUACUGCCAGGUGCAAUUCUUGACUUGUUACAUUUGCUGACAUAAACUUUGUGAUUAAUGUGAUUCACACAUGAAGUACGGUGUUUGAAUCGUCUCGGUUUUGCUCUGUGGGUAACACAACCUGAGAACAUGUUCACUAAUUUAAUGUAAAGUUUACCAGGCAGAGAGCUUGCCAUGUUGUUAAUAAUUUUCUUGCAUACACGUUUUUAAUUUAUUUUUUUCUUCCCCUUUUAUAUAUAUAUAUAAUAUCCUGAUAUUGAGUUGUUGUUUUGCUGGCAAAAAUACUCUGGCAACAAACAAAAUGUGGCGUAGAGAAGAAAACUUGUUUCCACAAAAUAACACCACAAGUAUUAAUAUAUAAUUGUUGAUCAAUAAAAGACUGAAUAUUGUGGACUUUCUGACCUACACUACCUAAGUGUCCCUGGGAAAAGAUCAGACUAUUCGACAUCUGGUUUUCUCACUUUCAUUGUACAUCCUUUUCAGUCUCCAUAGUCCCCAUACUUCAUAUACAUACAUUACUACGGCUGCCAGUCAUCGUGUAUUGUCCCAAGUUAUAAAUCAAUCAGUGUUUCAUCAAGUCAAUAAUUUUGGUGCUAUAUGUUUUUUUUGUUGAUUCAUUAGAUGUGGAUGUAAACUUAUCUUCACCAAAACUGCCAUAAUCUUUAGGAUUGUCACUGGAAACAAUUAUUGUGGGAACAAAUGAAUGUUUUAGUCUCCCUUUUUUUUAAUGUAUUCAUCCCUUCAAGAAUUACUGGUUACCCCUCAUUUCUGUUUCAAAGAUAUUUGCUUUCAUUUACAUUUAACGAGACGUUUUUAUGGCCAGUUGCAGCAGUCUGUUAAGUGAAUAAUUGUCAAUAAAUCUUUUACUCCAAUAAUAUAGGGAUUGACUUAAGUGAUCAUAAGGCUUAUACCUCAUUGGAACAAUUUCAUCUUCAUUAGAUUUUACAGCCAUCUAUAAGCAUGGCAGUGUUGUAGUUUAAAAGAAACAAAAAUGUUAAUGUUUUAAAUUUUAUAGCAAGACAUUUGCAUUUUACUAUUAUUGAGGGUUUGAACAUUGGUUUGGGUUAACACUAGUUGAUUUCUAGUUUUAUUUUUAAGAAUUGACUUAACCAAUCAAUCCUGGAACUGUAUUUUAAGUUAGUUUAUUUUAUGAAAGAUUUUUAAGGAAAAUGUGCCAUUAUUUUCCUAGCAGCAUAAUCAGUUGUAUCUCAAAGAUUUCAGAUAUUUUCAGGUCAACACUUUCAGUCUUUUACAAUGACAACACAAAAGUCACUUAUACACUUAGUUUGAAGUUUUAUGAACCUCCUUUAUCUGGUUAAUUUAAUUUCUUGUAUGUACAUUGAUAUUUUUCAUGAUCUUAGCAAAACCAGUUGUACUUCCAAUUAACCUGUAAUUUAUUUCAGCCAGAAAGUUGAUACUUUCCAAUCUGGCCGGUUUUUUCAAGAGUCACAAACAUAAGGCUGGUCAUUUAAUCUUCAUCGCAUUUAGACUGUUGGUGUUUGUUUGUUAACUCAUUCACCCCUGAAGAUGCAUUUAAACUCAUUCAAUUUAAAGGUUGGAAUAGUUCAUUAUAAAAUUUCAGGGGUGAAUGAGUUAAGGGACAUGGUUGAAUGUAUGAUGUUUUGUCAGGGAAUGUGUAAAGGUACAUGUACAUUGAAAGUACAGUAUCAGAGAACUUAAUAAAAAAUUAAAGAAAA